GUGAUUGGCUUUGAGGCGGAGGCAAAAUAUUUUUGAACCACAACACCUUACCUGUGUGGGCAGGAUGGAGUGCCAAUCAGUGAAGCCACUCAAGUGUCGCGGAGGGCGUGUGUAAGGCAAAGGACAAGUGUAACUGCGCAGGAGCAGGGAGGAGAGACCUAGAGAAGAAGAGCCAAGAUGGCGGCCGGCUACGCGUGGUUUCUUGUGCUGGCCUCGGUUUUUCUGUGCAACCUAAUGAAAACACUCCUGCCCUCCAUAUCUUCUUUUCUGACAAAGAUGAUUCAGAAAGAUGCUGAACAGGAGAUUGAGAUGAGGGCGGAAAUCCAGGAAAUGAAGAAGGAGCAGUCCUCCAUAAGCAUGAUGGACGAGUUUGCUAGAUACGCUAGGCUGGAGCGCAAAAUCAACAAGAUGACGGACAAACUAAAGACACAAGUAAAAUCCAGAACAGCCCAACAAGCCAAAAUGAAAUGGGUAGUGAACAUCAUCUUUUAUAUACUGCAAGCUGCGCUGAUGAUCUCACUGAUAUGGAAGUACUACGCCGAUCCCGUGACGGUGGUCCCCAAUCGAUGGAUUGCACCAGUGGAGCGUCUUGUAGCCUUUCCAACAGGAGUGGCAGGUGGAGUAGGAAUCACAUCCUGGUUGGUGGUUUGCAAUAAAGUAGUUUCUCUUGGUCUGUUGGCUGUGAGCUGAAGACUGACUGACCACACAGUGACAUUUAUUUAUUUUUGUCCUGUGUAGGAAAUACAAUGGUUUGUGAGAUUGUAUUUUUUUUUUAUUAUUAUUGAAUUGCGCAUUUGUGUCAUUUUGCAGUUUAAUAAUUUAUUGGUGGUGAAUUAAAUUAUUAUUAUUUAAUCCUGGCUUGUGUUAAGUAAGACAUAACAAUAAAAACGCUGGUUAUUGUUACUUUGUAAA